UCGUCUGCAUCCUCUAUUUUGAACUUGUCUUCCUAUUUUGGGAGUUCUUGAAGACUUGAACCGAGGGUGUUGCUUCAGAUAUUACUAUAGUUAACGAGUUGUAACUGGUUGGAAAUGCUGUUAAUUCAAAAACUUGUAAAUCCUCUUGGGAAUUCAAGCAGAUAUCUGAGAUGGAAUUCUGUUUGCCUGGCAGUUAGUACUUCAACAAGAAAGCUUCAUUUGUCUCGGCCUAAUGAAUCAGCUUUCGGCGAAGAUGCCAAAAAUGCCCUCCGUAAUUUUGGUGAUAUCAAGCACGCUCCUAUCCCAGCAUUAACAUAUGGAAUUGGAGGACUUAUCCCUUUCACUGCCAUCCCAGUGUAUAUGUUGUCAUCAGGAGUGUACAUCCCGGAAAUGGCUUUCACUUCAAUGGCCUACAGUGCUGUUAUUUUGUCAUUCAUUGGUGGAGUACGAUGGGGAUCAGCUGUAUCAAACCCUGAGAUAAUGAAUCCCAACUGGAAGAAUUUCACUACCUCUAUUGCACCCUCUAUUGUUGGAUGGAUGUCACUACUAGUCAGUAAUCCUAUUGGCACCUUACUGUCCAUUUCUGGGUUCUCCCUGUGCCUCUUGCAAGACAUGACAUCAAGCCAGUUCCCUUCUUGGUACAAAUCUUUGAGAAUUUUGCUUAGCACAGUUGCAAUUUGUGCUUUGCUAACCACUUUCAUGUGCCAAUUCUUGCUUCCUCCGGAGCCCAAAAAAGAAUAGUCUAUUCUUUUAACCUAACUUGCAAUAUUUCUUAAAAAGUCUUACAAGUUACCAUCGCAAUAUAGAAAUAUAUAUAAUUGUUUCCACAAUAUUUCAAAAGAUAUGCGCUUUUUACCCUGUCAGUCUAGUAAAACGAUAUUAGGUGCACUUCUUUAUUACCACAUUGAUGAAUUGAUAAAUGUCAAAAAAGAAACGAAGAAAUUCAUUUAAAAACUAAUUAGAUUACGUCGAGAGGAACUGCUGAUGCAACCUGAAGCCGAGCGACAGCCCUGUAGUGCUCCAACAAGGAUCCAGUUUCUAUAUAAAUACGUCCGGCUGUUGAUUUGAUCGUCCGUUGACGAUUUCUUCUUGGUCAGAGUUGUUCGACAUCGGUAGCAACCGGUAAUAAUCUGCGAGAUGGUUUCAAAGGCAAAUAAUGUCGGUUUGAUUGCUGCGUUUCGAAGCUUGGGAAACGUUGUAACAGGACCAAGUGCCGCCUUGUUUUACGGAGCAUGGGGAGUUUUACCGUUCAUUUCCAUCCCAAUUUAUAUGGGAAUGACUGGUAAAUACAUUCCACAGUUGAUUUAUGCUGAUUUGACCUAUGGUGGUGGCAUUGUCUCUUUCCUUGGAGCUGUGAGGUGGGGCUUUGCAAUCAACAAUUUUAAAG